AUGACGUGCUUCGUUACUGUUGGUACUACACGCUUUGAUGAACUCGUAAACGAGGUGUUUGCUGAGACGUGCACUUCAGCGUUGAGAUCCAUAGGAGUAAGAAAAAUCACCGUCCAAUUGGGGGCAGGCGAGUGGAAUGAUGAAAUCAAGCGAAAUGUUUUCCAAGGAAUAGUCGCAGAUCACGGAGACGGCGAGGCUGGUGGAAUACCUGUUGAAUAUUAUCGAUUCAAACCCAACAUUCAAGAUGACAUUGAAAACGCACUAUUGGUCAUUGGACAUGCUGGAGCCGGAACUUGUCUUGAAUGCCUCAAAAUGAAGAAACCUUUCAUCGUCGUUGUCAACGAGAACCUCAUGGACAAUCACCAACUAGAACUGGCAAAAGAGUUGGCUCGUGGCGAGCAUUUGCUAUACUGCACUGUGUCGAACUUAUCUGUUGCACUUAUGUGUCCAUCCUUGUUUAGCCUGAAACCAUUUGUCCAGCCUGAUCAAAACCUCGUGGCUAAGUUCAUCGAUCACAGAGUGGGACUUGCCCCAUCGUAA